AUGAUAGGGGCUCUGUGUAAGAAUAGUUCAAUCCUGAACGGUAACGGUAACGGUAGGAGAAAUGUGUUGAAACUUGGACAAUUGGUGAAGGGUAGGAUGGGAUAUGCAACCAAUGGAUCUAAGAAGUUGGGGGCGGUAGAUGGAGAUACUAAAACAGGUACUUCAUCGUUUAAGAGUGUGAAGGUUAUCGAGCAUAAGCUAGAUGACAAGCCCAACGUUGUGAUACUUGGUUCUGGAUGGGGAGCUAUUACUUUUUUGAAGCAUAUUGAUGCUAGAAAGUAUAAUGUGACGAUUGUAUCACCAAGAAAUUACUUUUUAUUUACACCAUUGUUGCCUUCUACGCCAGUUGGUACUGUAGAUGAGAAAUCAAUUAUUGAGCCAGUUGUGAACUUUGCUCUAAAAAAGAAGGGCAAUGUGUCGUAUUAUGAGGCGGAGGCUACUUCGAUCAAUCCUGACAGGAAUACUGUGACGAUUAAGUCAGUAUCUACGAUUUCUCAGUUAAGUACUCCUGAUAAUCACUUGGGUUUGACGCAGCAUGAAUCUGCGGAGCUUAAGUACGAUUAUUUGGUUGCUGCCGUAGGUGCAGAGCCUAAUACUUUUGGAAUUCCAGGUGUGGAAGAGCAUGGGAACUUUUUGAAGGAGAUCCCACACUCAGUACAAAUCAGGAAAAGAUUUUUGUCUAACGUCGAGAAGGCAAACUUGUUGCCUAAGGGGGAUCCUGAGAGAAAGAGGUUGCUAACUAUUGUUGUUGUUGGUGGCGGUCCUACUGGUGUAGAGACAGCUGGUGAAUUUCAGGAUUAUGUUGACCAGGAUUUAAAAAGGUUUAUGCCAUCUAUUGCCGAAGAAGUUCAAAUCCACUUGGUUGAGGCGUUACCAAACGUGUUGAAUAUGUUUGAGAGAAAACUGACAUCUUAUGCUCAGGAUGUCUUGGAGAGAACCAAAAUCAACUUGAUGUUAAAAACAGCAGUGGGCAAAGUUGAGCAGGACCACUUGAUUGCCAAGACUAAAAUGGAAAAUGGCGAAGUUGUGGAAACUAAGAUUCCAUACGGUACUUUGAUAUGGGCUACAGGUAACAAAGCUAGACCAAUUAUUUCUAAUUUAUUCAAGAAGAUUCCUGAGCAAAACUCAUGCACCAAAGGUCUUGCUGUCAAUGGUUACAUGUUGGUGAAGGGCACAAACAAUAUAUUUGCUGUCGGUGACAAUGCAUUUGCUGGCUUGGCACCAACUGCUCAAGUAGCCCAUCAGGAAGCCGAGUACUUGGUGAAGAUCUUUGACAAGAUGUCAAAGAUCAGCGGUUUCCACGCCCAAUUAUCAAAAAGAACAGAGAAGGUGGAUCUUCUUUUCGAAGAGAACGGCCUCAAGCCAUUCAAGUAUAUUCACCUAGGUGCAUUGGCUUACUUGGGUGCGGACAGAGCUAUUGCAGACAUUACAUAUGGUAAGAGGUCCUUCUACACCGGUGGUGGUUUGCUAACUUUCUACAUCUGGAGGGUCACAUACUUGGGUAUGUUGCUUUCAGCAAGAUCCAGAUUUAAGGUCAUUGCCGACUGGUUAAAAUUGGCCUUCUUCAAAAGGGACUGUUUCAAGGAGAUGUAG